AUUCGACCACUUUCAGGUAUUCUUCUUUGUUCUUUGACAGCGGAUAUCCAGGUCUUCUUCAGUACACCGCGAUUCAUACCAUAAAAAGUAUCAAAGGAUGAGCAAUGAAAUUGAUCUAGAGCACAGUCUUGGAGAGUCCAGUACCACAACCAGUCAUCUAUAUAUUCCUCCUCAAGAAGAAGCUGUCGAAAGCGUUUCAGCACCUUCGGCCGCUCGCACUCCACAGUUACUUAAAGAUAGGCUUUACAUUGGAAAUCUCCAUCCUACAGUAGACGAAUACACACUGUUGCAAAUUUUCUCGAAAUUUGGGAAGAUAUCCAAACUCGAUUUCCUCUUUCACAAGACAGGACCUAGUAAAGGCAAGCCGCGCGGCUACGCCUUCGUAGAAUUUAUUAAUCAGAAGGAUGCGAACAAGGCUCUCGAUGGCGCAAACGAUAAACUUCUACGUGGUCGUAAACUGGUCGUGACGUAUGCACACCAAGCGCCUCUAGAUCAAAACGCCGGAGGGGCUUAUAACGGGAAAAGAAGAAUGGCAGACGCAUAUCGACCUACUGCACUCAGUAUAUUAAAGAGCGCUACGGGUGGACGACAAGACAGGAUAAAAUCGCUCAGAUGGAAGCCAAGUUAAGGCAGAUGGAAGCCAGUUCCUCCCCUUCGCAACCCUCAUCGCGGAUGUCCAAUUUAUCAUCGUUACCUGCGAAGCCUCUGUUUUCCCCUUCACCAGGAAAUUCAGAGGGCCGCCACGUAAAUAAAAAUACUUCCUCUAACUCACGCUUCAGGACUUCUCAAUAUCCGAGUCAGAGGCUCCACUCGAAUACAAAUCAAACGUUACUUCAGGCACCCGCUACCCUUCCUUUCCAGAACACCACUCUUUACAAAGGAGAAUCGGCAUCACAAUCACCUGUCCCUCCUCCAAAUAAGGGGAACGAGUCGAUUGUUCCGAAACAGUCGAUACUAGGUGUAAAGAUAUUGAAGGGGAAGAAAUGAUAGCCGACGGGUGGCGAGGUUGGACAUUUACUUUGUGGCAGGGAUGUUAUCCCAAAUAUUGUUUCCAUAUGUAUAGCUUUCUUGAACGCACGAUCGAAUUCAUAAUGACAUUCAGAGAACAGUGAUGUAAUGAAUUUGGCCCCGAUCUAUUGUUGCAAUCUUUCAGGCCUAGCACUGCUAGCGUAGGACGUGUAUCUUGACAUAUACAGAUGCUGACGGUGUAUCCCCCUUUCACUCUAUCGUUUACAGACAAACACUUUUCCAUAACAUCACCAAGUGAUUUCGGGCUGCUCCGGAAAAAGUCUUGGCUAUCGAUCUGAAGUUGGCCUAUCAUGGCCGCCGUUCUGAAGUUCUGAACGAGCUAACAGCGAUGAUUUACGUAUACACGGAAUCACAAAUGUAGGUUGGAAUCCACGUCAUAAUAGCAGGCUGUGACAGCUGCGGAGCAAGUUAAUGCGACCUGGUGCUCAUCCAU